UGACUUUCCUCUCUGAUCCUCCAACAUGAAGAGUCUGAACAACCGUGCCGAUAGCCACCUGUCCAGCCAGGUGGAAUGUGAGUUGGAAAAUAUGGGUUCAUGGGUGAACCAGGGAUACAUUGACAGUUCACCACCUUUGCCCCGAGUUGUGAGCACAGUCUACAACCCGCAGCCCCUCUUUCAGGGCUCCAUGGAGAGCAUGUACAACGUGGACACCCCAGCCACCUUUCGAGAGGAGCCACACUCAGCUGAUAAAAUCCUUGUGAAUGAACGCAGAGGCUGCUGUUCUUUCAUUAAAGGUUUAUGGGGUACAACACUGACUGAGAACACCUCCAACAACCGGGAACUGUUUGUCCGCACCACUCUCCGGGAGUUAAUGAUCUAUGUGGUCUUUUUGGUGGAUAUUUGUCUUUUGACAUACGGUAUGACAAGCUCCAGCACCUACUAUUACACUAAAGCCAUGACUGACCUGUUUGUGAAUACAGCCGGAGAAAGCGGGGUAAAGUUUCAGUCCAUAAGUACUAUGGGGGAUUUCUGGACUUUUGUUCAGGAACCAUUAUUAGAUAACCUGUACUGGACUAAAUGGUACAAUAAUCAGUCCAUGGACAGUGGUGAUCAGUCAUUCAUCUACUAUGAGAAUAUGUUGCUGGGAGUACCCAGGAUGAGGCAGAUCAAGAUUAAAAACAACUCCUGCAAAGUUCACAAAGACUUCCAGGAUGAGAUCAUGGGAUGUUACGAUGUCUACAACGAGAAAAAGGAGGACGAUCUCAACUUUGGACUAAUCAACGGCACUGCAUGGAGCUACCAAACGGAGAAAGUGAUCAAAGGUUCCUCCCAUUGGGGUUUGUUGACGACUUACAGUGGAGCUGGAUACUACCAGGACCUGGCUCGAACCAAGGAGGAAAGCGCAGUUGUCCUGAAAGAACUGGAGGACAACCUUUGGCUGGAUCGAGGAACCAGGGCUGUCUUCAUUGACUUCUCCACUUACAAUGCAAACAUCAACAUGUUCUGUGUCAUCAGGUUGCUAGUGGAAUUCCCGGCAACUGGCGGGGCGAUUCCUUCCUACCAGAUUCGAACAGUUAAAUUGAUUCGUUACAUCAGUUACUGGGAUUACUUCAUCCUGGGCUGUGAGAUGGUCUUUUGUUUAUUCAUCCUCUACUAUAUUGUGGAAGAGAUUCUUGAGCUUCGAAUACACAAGUUCUCCUACUUCAAAAGCAUCUGGAACAUACUGGACAUAGUAGUCAUACUGCUUGCCGUUGUUGCCAUCGUGUUCAACAUUUUCCGCACAGUUAAAGUGGACAAAUUGCUUAGCAAACUGUUGGACCAACCUGAAAUCUAUGCUGACUUUGAAUUUCUGGCGUUCUGGCAAACACAAUACAACAAUAUGAAUGCUGUUAACCUGUUCUUUGCAUGGAUUAAGGUGUUCAAAUACAUUAGCUUCAAUAAAACCAUGACCCAGCUGUCCUCAACUCUGGGUCGCUGCGCCAAAGACAUUGUAGGGUUUGCCAUCAUGUUCUUCAUCGUGUUUUUCGCAUAUGCUCAGCUUGGAUAUUUGCUGUUUGGUACAGAAGUGGAAACCUUCAGCACCUUUCUCAAGUGCAUCUUCACCCAGUUCAGGAUCAUUCUAGGAGACUUUGAUUAUGAUGCAAUUGAUCGUGCAAACAGAGUCCUCGGACCCAUUUAUUUUGUCACCUAUGUUUUCUUUGUUUUCUUUGUCCUACUUAACAUGUUCCUUGCCAUCAUAAAUGACACAUAUUCUGAGGUGAAAGAGGAGCUAUCGUCCCAGAAAGAUGAGCUCCAGUUCACAGACAUUAUAAAACAGAGCUACAUGAAGACAUUUAUGAAGCUGAAACUUAAAAAUGAGAAAAUAUCAGAUGUUCAGAGGGCUCUACGCGCUGGAUCCGGCGAAAUUGAAUUCAAGGAUUUUAGAGAAACUUUGAAAGAGAUGGGACAUGCUGACCAUGAAAUUUCUGCAGCUUUCUCACAGUUUGACCGUGAUGGGAACCACAUUCUGGAUGAGGAAGAACAGGAGAAAAUGAAAACAGAGCUCGAGGAAAAGAGGGAUGCUCUUGCUGCAGAACUCAACAAUCUUGGAAUAAACUAUGGGAGAGAUUUAGCGGGAAAUCCUCCAGUGAUCCUAAAUGACCAAAAGACCAACUCUGGUCACACUUUUAUGGACCGAGAGCAGUUUCUAAGAUUGGCCAGGCAGGUUCUCCAGCUUGAAAAUGCCAUGUCUGGCAUUACAGUGAAGAUUGAGUUGAUUCUGAAGAAAAUUGGGAUAGAAGACAUAACUGAUAUGAACAAAAACAAUGGGAAGUCAGUGACCAACCACAACGCGGAUAAAAAUACCUCGGAUGGUAGCAUCCUGGUUUGUGUUGACCGAGGGACAAAGCCUGCGAUGCCACCGGGAAGAAUUUGUCCAAUUCCCACAUACGACUGCCAUAUGUGAUAAAACCUUCAUAUGUGAUGGUGGAAUAUGUUCCAAUGGUGAUGAAGAAUGAGUUACAGAUCAAAUAUUUAACGCUUUAAGAGUAAUCUCUUUAAAAUAUCCUUCACAACAAACACUUCAAUAAGCAAAUGUUCAAUACUUUAAUGCAUUUAAGCUUCAAUUGAUCUUUUUUGAUUGAAAUAUGUAAAUAACUAUGCAUUUUUGCUUUUUGUUCUAGACAUCAGAACUAAAAAAAAUACAAAUAAAAAUAAAUAAAUAAAUAAAAAAAAGCUUAAAUAUUUAUGCUCCUACAAUGUAGUGUUGUAGAUUCCAUCCAAAACUAAAUGUGUUGUUAAAUAUAUUUCAAUAAAACUGUUGUGCAAUACAGUAUAAAUAAUAUAUGCCUAAUGUCUGGCUUUUAGUUGCUAAAUGGUUAAUGAUUACAUGUAACAGUAGUUAUUUUACCAUUUACUCAAAGGUGAUCUACUUCCAUGCAUAGGUGAAGGUGAAGUGUGAAGAACUUUGUAAAAUGUUAAUAUGCAAUAAAGGGUUUAAUAAUCCCUCCCUUUGUUCAGGUUUUGCGCUGCAAAUGCUCAUAUUCAAAAGAGCAAAGUGUUUUGGUUAGACGCAAAAUAUAAAUGCAGUGACAUGAAUGUCUAAUAAAGAGCCCAA